CACCUCCAGCAGGCCGGGGAAAUACGCCUGUGCUCCAACCGUUAAUCCUGAACAGAGUCCCGGCGAAAGGAAAGGGCCAGUCCAUUGCAGGCCAUAAACACUAAACCAGUUUUGUCAUCUGGAGUUCCUAGAAUCGGAUGUGAAACUGAAAUCAGUCGAUGCAGGAAGAAGAUCGUCGUUAAGCUGUCAAGAGUUUAGAACCGUCAUUGUAGGCAAUGGCGGUCCAGUGGCUGUACCUGGCAAUUUGUACAGUCAUCAUAACAACAGCUAGGACAGAUGCGCAACCAUUAACGGAUAUCACCAAUGAAACCUUCAUCGACAUAUGUGUCAGCGCUCACAAUAAGCAUCGCUCCAGAGUGACCCCCCCGGCGAGCGACAUGAUGUACAUGACUUGGGAUCAGACUUUAGCAAAAGUUGCUCAGAAAUGGGCAAGCAGAUGUAUCUUCGACCAUAAUCCCUCACUGCAAGUGCCAUACAUGCUGCACCCUUCGUUCAGAGCAGUAGGUGAAAACAUCUGGAAGGGAUGGCCAAUCUCCAUAUUCGAUGUGGAGCGUGCUGUACAGCUGUGGGUUGACGAGGUGCAGUAUUACAGCUAUGCGACAAAAAGAUGUACUGAUGUCUGUGGCCAUUACACUCAGGUCGUGUGGGCAAAGAGUUACAAGGUUGGUUGUGCUGUCCAUGCCUGCUCGGGAAAACCAGCAUUUGCAAUAUUCGUGUGCAACUAUGGAGACGCGGGGAACUUCGUGGGACGUCACCCAUAUCAGCAAGGAACUCCCUGCUCUGCAUGUCCUGGGAAAAAGUGCUGGAACAAUUUGUGCUAUGACCCCAAAGAGGUCAAGUUGAAAGAAUACAACUGGACGUCUGACUCGGACCAGACUUCAAACAAAAUAUGCAGCCCGUACUGUGUCUCUGUGCUGGCCUGCAGGCCCCUGCUGCUCCUCUUCACGGUGCUGGGUGUCUUAGGCGUGCAGAAGUUCUACCCCAACCUGUGUGCAUAUGAGUGAUGGAGACGGUGUUUCUCUUACUGGUGAAGGAGACGUACAUGUGGAACAAAGGGACUGGGUUUCAAUACCUACACUAGGGGCGAAAAUUGUGUAAACACUUCCAACUUUUAUAGACUGCAGAACUUUAAUAUUAAAGCAUUUCAUUGUUGCUCCAGUCACUUUAUAUAAUCAUCCAGUACAUGAUAUUUAUAAAACCAUACAUUGUUCCAUUAAAUAAGUAACUGGAGCAACCGUUGAAUGAAGUUCUGCAAUCUCUGAAAAUUGGAAGUGUUCCUACAAUUUUGGCCACUAGGGUAGUAGAACUUACCAAAAGGUAUUCGGGCCAGGAAAUUAUGCAAAAGAAAUCUCCAGGUCUAUGAAUGAACUCGCCCCAAGAAUUUUUCUGAUGCCACUUGAAGUGAUAUUGAAGUAGUAAAUUUUUAUAUAUAAAGAAAACCAAAUGAAUGUUAGGGGAGCAGAAACGUUGUCCUACUGCAAAAACGUGAGAUGUUGCUUCACUGAGUAACCAGACAAGGCUCACCAAAAAGAACGCUGAUCACUUCUCUAUAUCAGAUGCAACGCUAAAACUGUGCAAGCUAUUUGAGGAAGACUGUGCAAAUGAGACUGCAGUGGAUGUCAGUGCCAAGGUGAUAUGAAAAUCAACCCGUGCCUAGUCAGCAUCCAAGAACUUGCCCUUGGAGAAUCUACCUUCCAUUAGGGAGACUUCAAGUCCAGCUCAGCUGCAUGCAUCUGCAGUGACUCAGGGAAAUGUUCUGUUUGUCGCUCCGACCCACCUGUAAAUACCAGCAUUUGUAACGGAAGGAAAUGGGGAGCAUUUUGCAAAGCAAGUUUAUGAAUUUAGCUUAGACAAAACUUGAGUCGGUACAAUGGAAAAUUAUAUGCAUGUUAGCACUUUACAGCAAAGAAGAGAGAUGGGGGCCCCAUCGAUUUCACAUUUUCCUCAGCAUGUUGGUUAAAGCAAGCCUGUUAACCACAGUGACUUGGCUGUGUUACGUAGCCACCACUGCAAUACCAGCUCGGUCUCUGUCAGCAUACUACCCAUAUAUCACCUUCACUUCCGGCAUAAUAUGGGGUGCUAGCGUGUGCUGCAGGCACGUAAACAUGAUCACCCCCAAAAUGUAUGACAUGAUUUUUCUAUGACAGCUUAAUGUUAUGGCUUUCUUUGGAAAUAUGAAAAAAGGAAGUCCAGUAAGCGGCGGGACCUGGUUUUUGCAGGAGCUAUAUUUACAUAAACUUUUUAUAGAAGCUAGCUUUGAAACACAAACUGGAGCCAACUUGCAAAGUUGUGAUGCAAUAGUGCAUUUUAUGCAGCAUUUUGCAAUAAACCUGUCACAUCUUAGUUGCAGAAAAAAAAUUGCCAUAGGCAUAGAGUCAAGCUUCAUUAUAAAGGGAGAGAUUCCAUUGUUUUGAUCACCUUCACUUCCGGAGUAAUGUGGGGGGUUAGUGUACACUUCAGGCACCCAAAUAUGAAAGCUUUGGACCAUCCCCCCCCCUCUCCAAAAAAUAUGUAGAACAUUAAUGGUUUUUCCAAGACAGCAAAAUUGUUAGUUUUCUUUUGAAAUGCAAAAAAAAGGAAGUCCAGUAAGUGGUGGGAACUGUGGUUUUUGUAGGACCUUAGUUUACAUAAACUGUAUUUUACAGAACCUAGCUUUGAAAACACAAAUAAACUGGAGCUAACUUGUGUAACACA